CUCUUCUGUAGUGGAAAGGUCUUAAACAAUACAGCAGUUACUAGGAAAAAAUUGUUGUAUGGGAUUCGUCCAGUGGCGCUUGGAUACAUGGAAAAGAUAAAUGACAGCGAGAGUCACCCAAGCAGCAGCCACCAAACCUUGAAAGGAACCUCAAAAUGGGCUACAUCACUGGAGAACCUCCUUGAAGAUCCAGAAGGAGUUAAACGAUUUAGGACUGAUCCUGCAUUCUUUGUUCUCAUAAGUGGUCCUUACUCAAGCACAUGUGAAGAAUUUAAGAAAACACAGGGAAAAAAACAGAUGCAAGAAAAAGCUGAAGAAAUUUACACAACUUUCCUGUCCAGUAAAGCUUCCUCUCAAGUCAAUGUUGAGGGGCAGUCCCGUUUGAAUGAGACAAUUUUGGAGACGCCUCACCCUCUGAUGUUUCAAAAGCUCCAGGACCAGAUAUUCAAUCUCAUGAAAUACGACAGCUACAGCCGCUUCUUAAAGUCAGACAUAUUCCUAAACCAUAAGAAGUCUGAGGAGCAGGAGGAGAAUUCACCAGAGGCUCAGACUGCAGCUAAACGAGCAUCAAGAAUUUACAACACAUGAUACAAAGAACCUCUCUAGGAGAGGCGAUAAGAUGACUAAAGUUUCACUCAGGAACAGUCUUUAGGUUUAUAGCAGUUGCAUUUAGGUUUUUAAAAGCUGAGAACCUUUUUAGGAGAUAUUUACUUUCUUAAUUGCUUGAAUGACUAAUUGUUUUUGCAUGAUGGCUAAUAACCAAGCACCCAGGGAAAACUGUUUCCUAGCUAAAAGGCUGAGGUAUUCUUCCAUAGCAUGAAUUGCAUUUCAUAUUUCACAAGUUAAAAUGCUUUCAAUUUCUGUAUUUUUAUGAGGUAUCAUGAGGAUAAAAAAAAAAAAAAAAAGGAAGUCUUUUUUUUUUACCUUCUCAUUUUUAUUGGUGAUCUGCUUCUACAUUCUGAAUUGCUGGGAGAAGCUAUUGAGGAGUACCUUUCAAGCUACUUUGUGGAUGAGUCAUUCAUAGCCAACUUUAUCAUUAAGGCACAGCAUCUUUCAGGGUUAAGUUUAAUAAAACCCAAUCUACUCCUCCCUUCCAAUGUAACCUGUUCUUUCAAGGUGAUGUCUGUUUUGCUUUGCCUUUGUUGAUGAAUCAAAACACUUAUUUCUUCGGUCAGGAUUUUCAUUUUUGUAUUUUUUUUAAUUUUCCCAAAUUCUUUUGCAGCAGACAAUCACCUUCUUCAGAGGACAGAAUAACCAGUAUUCCCAUGGUAACAAAACCUAUAAGAGAGAAUGAAUCUCUGAAGAAUUUUCAACAGCCAUUAGGAGAUCUGGUAGAUAAUACCCGCUCUGGGGACCCUGAUUUCCACAAAGCUUGACUGGGCAUGUCCUGCACUACAGCAAGGUUAUUCAUAGCAUCAGUGUCAAAUGCCAGUACUGGGAAGCAUCUGUUUUUUCGUCCAUCUCCUGAGCAAUCCUGCUCUGCAUGGCAAAAAUCCUUUUCCAAAUGACCAAUCAACAAAGCCUUGCUUUGUUCCAUUUAAAAUGUUCUAAUAAAAUCAUCCUGCCUAGUUUUGUUUGCCCCUGGGAUGAAUUUGAGGGUUUCCUAAUCACAAAUAUUGAUAGCUGCAGUGGAACAGGGAAUUAACCAUGUGGUUCAGCCAUUCCCACAUCAAGCUUUAGCGGAAGGGGAAUUUAUUUCUGCCCAGAGGAAUCAAUGAUGAGACGUGAGAGUAACAAAGGAAAACUCUCCCAGUGAGCCUUCCGUAUCAUCCUGGACUGUUUCAGAGCUGAAAAGCACUUUUUUUGACAUAUAUUUCAUAUAUUUUUGAAUUAAUUCACUGCAAGACUGCUAAAUUGCAGUUUAAAUUGGAGAAGUGUAUUAGCAACAUGUUUUACUUAAUGCUUUGCAGUGUGUAGUCUAGCUCUGUUUCGCAUUCUCUUAUUUACUCUUUCAUUUUUUUGCACUGCCUUUCUUGACCUGUCUAAUCAGAUUGCAGGUUCGCUUUAGAUAGUUUUAUAGUUCUCUUUUUCAGGAAGGCCAGAUAUGUAUUACACAUUACUGUCACCGUCGAUGUUUUGAAGACUAGGGCUAGGUCAUAAUUUUUGAGGAUGCAAACUCACUUGGUAGACUUGAUUAUGACUUUUUUUUUUAAUAUAACUUUGAGUCACUCUUGCAGGUGAUAUGUAAAGCAAAUUGUUACUGUGGGCUCUCCCACAGUGACAUGCAGGAGUAGGAAUAGGAGUCCUGAUUGAGCUAGAAGACCUGUUCAUUUUUAAGAAAUUAAAGAGGUCAGUCCAUCAGUAUGUAUGUUUUAAGAUGUCAUUUUUAUGCACUGAGUACAUUUUCCUUCUGUGCUCCCAGAGGAUUAAAUGGUGAAGUCAUCUUGCUUCUGGCACUUUCAGUGGUACUUACUUGACCUCAUGCUUCAAGUUAAGUUGUAUGUCAAUGUUUUGCUGAAUAGGAGCAAAGUAAGCACCGGCAUGAGUUCUUUUGCUGUAAUGGGGCUUAGGAAAUGAGAUCAAAACCCUACCUUUUUCCAGUUCUAGACUUGCCAGUUAUCUGUAAUCUUCAGAUUACCUCUUUUAAUAUUCGCUAUAGUAGCCAACUCUUAAUUUCUGCCACAACAGAAUACAGAACUUCUGGUACCACGGAAGUCUUUGAGAGUGGGCUGCUUAACCACAUUUAGGAGUUAGGCUUUGUCUAUUGCCAGUAAUUGCAGCAGAAGUGUUGGUGCUGGUAUGGAUGCACAGUAGAUUCAUCAUAUAGAUUUUUAAAAAAAAGAUGAGCAAGGGAGAGGAGUAUUUGGCUAUCAUGUUUUAAAAUAAUAAUAAAGGAAACCAGAGGCUCUAUAGACAGUGGCAGGGACUAGAGGGAAAACACUUGUUCGUAGCUGCUUAUAAACAAUGUUUUCCUUGACAAUAUGCACCCUAUCAUGUACUGUAUUAUCUGCUCAGUAACAGCAAAUGCCUCAUAGGAGUAGACACAAAGGUGUUUUACUCUACUACCAACCAGAGGCUACUCAAAUGAGGAAAAUACAUUUCCUAGUGGCAUUUCAGUGCCUAUGCUUUAGAGCUAAUAUACCUAAAUCAACAGAAGUGGAUUUCUCUCACUCAAAAGUGGGAGAAGUUUUGUGCCUGAUUAUCCUGAAGUCCUACCCUAACGUGUGUUCCUCAGCUAAAAAUUAAAAUAUUCUGCAAAUAAACUAAACCAUGUUCUGACCCUUGUUUCAUGUUUUGAAUGCAGUUUGGACCAAGAUCACUUCAUAUUUUGCAGUUGUCCCAUUUUCUGCUUUCAAUCUCUGUUAAUGUUCUUGCUUACAUUCUCCUAUAGUCAGUACUUUUUCUCAUGGAAGACGGGAAGCUGGCAGAUGGGAAGACGGUGUGUGUUUCACUUCAGAGUCAACCGUUGUCCUCAACAAGUUCCAGUAAGUCACCUGAACAGCAGAAGAUAGUUCUUUUACCUUCAUCUCCCAUUUCUCUGUUUCCAUUACAUUUCUUCCAUUGUGCUUGUUUUCAGUUGCUAAUGCAUUAAUGUGAGAAAGAGGGUUUGAAAGACCAUAGGGAGAGAGCGAGAGAAUGCUUUUAAUACUGAAGUCUUCCAGUUUGGAUAACAGUUCAGAACCUGCUUAUUUUUACUGAGGAUUCAGAUUUUAGUGAACUUUAAGUUAAGUGGGUAUUAUUUGCAUCUGCAUUAAGAAUGACUUGGGUCUAGGAUGGAGAGAGGAGAUUGUGACUCAUAGCUGAGUAAGGAUAGAUUUCCCUCUUUAUAAAUUGUUUAUACUUUUUUUUUUAUGCUGAAACAGAGCAAGUCUCACAAAGUCAAUUAGUUUUGCCAGCUGUCUGCCCCCUGACUCACCGGAAUGGUUGUUUACUUGAGAAUAUUCACUACCCUGUCCCUCUUAAAUCCAACACAGUUAAUGUCCAGAGGCUCCAAGUGGUCUUGCACUGCUACAGUUAAAAACUGUGGAACCUCCUUUAUCCGAAGGAUGUGUGUAACUUUACUGCGUUGCCUUGGUGAGCACUUCACAGUCACUCUGUGAAUUCUGAUCUCUGAAAUGUAGAAGUUUUAUUAAUGAUUAACUGAAAAAGUUUUUCAUCAGUACUACUACUCGCAUCUUGCCUCAAUUAGCAGUUAGAGAGCCCAAUACUAGGUGUUUGGGAUGGUGGGGUAAGAAAUAGGGUAAGGCAUUUCACAGAAUUUGGUUGCUCUCCAGAGAAAUGAAGUGAUUGCCAAAUUUAAUAGCACCCUCUACUGGUUCUUGGCAAAAAAGACAUUUAGGGAGAUAGUGAAGUAAGGCCGCAAAUAAAGGAAAGUUAGAGCUGUUUGGUUUCCUCACACUUGAAGGUGCACUUUAGACUGCAAAUGCAGUUAAGUUAAAACUAUACUAAAAUAUUUAAACGAUUCUGCUGUUUAUUAAAGGUAGUUGGUUUUGCUUUGUAUAAUCAAAACAUACUCAAAAAUCAAGGGGGUCACUAUGUACCUGAAAACUGAUUAAAAUUACAUUGAAAGCUGGCAUUAGGGUAGAUCGUGUCGAGCUCUAGAGCAUAUAUGAGAUGAGAAAAUUAACAAAACAACCUCAGAAAAUGGCCAGCAUUUGUUCCUCCUUCUGCUAUUGUUCUUCUCUUAAGCUGUGUGCAUUUCAAUCUGUCAUAGAUGAGACAUUUCCUAAAGGAAAUGGUGACCAGCA